GUCUUAAUUUUUGGAGGCAAGUGGUCUUAAUUUUGGAAGGUGACGCCGGUUACGAGAGAGAGAGAGAGAGAGGGGGAGAGUAGGGGGGCCUCCGACUCUGUAGAAUCGUAGCCCACUUUUUCCGGCCGUUUUCUCAUAAAUAGAGGAGCCUUUCUCCACUUUCUCUCUCUAGACGUCGGAGCUCAGACACAUGAUCCUGCUCUAGCAUCUCAUCUCUUUCGAGCUUUCGGUGACUGCGACAAAAUGACCAACAUCACUUCUGUCGAAUUGAAUUAUCUCGUCUUUCGUUACCUACAAGAAUCUGGGUUUGGUUGAGGAUAUGGAAAUUUAACAUAUUGGGAAUAAAUUCAUGAAGUAAGUGCGUGUAGAUCUGUGGAGAUUUAUGGCCUUUAGUGUUGAUGACAACUUAGUUUACCGUAGAUUGUGGAAGAAACUGGUUUUACACAUUCAGCUUUUGCUUUGGGAUAUGAGGCAGGUAUUAACAAAUGCCCUAUUGAUGGAAAUUUAGUUCCACCUGGAGCUCUUAUCACAUUUGUGCAGAAAGGACUUCAGUAUCUAGAGAUGGAAGCAAACUUGACUUGCCAGAGCGAGACAGAUAUGGAUGAAGAUUUUUCAUUUUUACAACCUUUGGAUCUCAUUACAAAGGAUGUCUAUGCUCUGCAACAAAUGAUAAAGGACAAAAAGAAAAGUCAACAGAAGGAUAUGGAUAAAGAAUUUGACAGGGAACAUGAUGAAGGUGAACGUAAGCAUGUAAGAGAGAGGGAAAAGCAUGAUAGGGAGAAAGAACGAGAAAAGGACAAAGAGAGAACAGAGAAGGAUAAGGAGAAAAAGAAGCAGCAUGAAGAUCACACUUUGAGAGAAAUGGUUACAGAUCAAGAAGAUAAGGUUGAUGUAAUAAAACAAGAAGAGAAUGGAAUUUCUGGAGGGUCCGAGCCAAUGGAUAUCUCUACCGCUUCAACUUCUCGAGCUUGUGAAAUUCCUAGCUCUGAUGUGAUCAUUCUAGAAGGACAUACUUCUGAGGUUUGUGCUUGUGCAUGGAGUCCAGCAGGUUCACUUCUUGCAUCAGGGUCUGGAGAUUCAACAGCUCGGAUAUGGACAAUUGCGGAAGGGGCCAGUAGAUCUAGUUUGCAAAAUGGACCUUCGAAUGUGCUGGUGCUGAAGCAUGUAAAGGGCAAAACAAAUGAGAAAAGCAAAGAUGUGACAACUCUUGAUUGGAAUGGAGACGGGACAUUGCUUGCAACGGGCUCGUACGAUGGGCAAGCUAGAAUUUGGAGUUCUAAUGGUGAACUAAAGAGUAUUUUAAGCAAACACAAGGGACCUGUAUUCUCUUUAAAGUGGAACAAAAAGGGGGAUUAUAUUCUCACUGGAAGCUGUGACAAAACAGCUAUUGUGUGGGAUGUCAAGGCCGAGGAAUGCAAACAACAUUUUGAAUUUCAUUCAGGCCCAACACUUGAUGUUGAUUGGCGAAAUAAUGUUUCAUUUGCAACAAGCUCCACAGAUAAUAUGAUCUACAUUUGCGAGGUUGGAGAGACUUGUCCCAUCAAAACUUUUUCUGGGCAUCAGUGGAGUAUUCCCGACUCAAAACGCUUUAAUACCAAGCAGUGCUGCACUCAGAAUGAAGUUAACUGUGUCAAAUGGGACCCGACAGGUUCAUUGCUGGCCUCUUGCUCUGAUGAUUGUACUGCAAAGAUAUGGAGUAUGGAUCAGGACAAUUAUGUUCAUAAUUUAAGGGAGCAUGCUAAGGAGAUAUAUACUGUCAGAUGGAGUCCCUCUGGACCUGGCACUAAUAACCCUAACCAGAAAUUACUAUUGGCAAGUGCAUCAUUUGACUCAACAGUGAAGCUAUGGGAUAUUGAGCUAGGAAGACUUAUUUGCAGCUUGAAUGGCCACAGGGCGCCUGUGUACACGAUUGAUUUUAGCCCUAAUGGCAAGUAUUUGGCAAGUGGAUCUCUCGAUAAUUCAUUGAACAUUUGGUCUGUAAAAGAAGGGAAGAUCGUGAAAACCUGUACUAGAAGUGGGGGUAUAUUUGAAGCCUGCUGGAAUAAGGAAGGUGACAAGAUAGCUGCCUGCUCUGCUGACAACACAGUGUGUGCCAUAGAUUUUAGAAUGUAGGGGCUUAGAAAUUUCCUUAUAACAUUGCAACUGGGACUUUACUCUUUUUGUGCUGCGCCAGGAAGCCAAUUUACAUUUUUCUCUUGUGAAUCCUGCAUUAGAGAUAGAAAAGAAGAGCGAAAGUAGGUAACUGGGAGGCUUGCAUUUCGACUAUUUUGGUAGGUAUGUAGUUUGUUUUGUACAUAUUUUAUUUCAAUUGAAAUGGUGACUUUAGAAUAGAAGACUCUUCAUUCACUAUAUUGUUUUUCAAUAAUUUUAUGAUAAUCAUAUUCUUUUUUACCAUCCAUAUGUUAUAACAUACAUGGGUGGUAGAACUCACUAAAUUAAUGAGGUUGUGACACACGGUAAAUAAAUUAGGAUCACUAUA